AUGACGACUGUGGCCGGCUUGCCCAAGUACGUGGUGCUGAAGUCCAAGUCCGUCGGCAAAUACCUUCACUACCUCUGGAACGACGAGUUCCUCGAGUACUACAAGGACCUCGGCUGCAAGCGCGACGUCGACGUGGUCAACCCGUUUGUCCAAUUCGAGGUGGUUCCAUCCGCCGCCGACGCCACCCUCAUCCACCUCCGCUGCUCCUACAACAGCAAGUUCCUGAAGGUGGGUGCCAAGAACGGCGUGCGGUGGAUCUCCGCCACGGCCGACGCCCCCGAGGAGGACCGGACCAAGGACACAUCCACCUUGUUCCAGCCCAUCUUCCCCGCCGGCGAGCCCAACACUGUGGGCCUCCUGCACGUGCAGUCCCAGCGCCACGUGCGCCCGUUCUCCAACGCGGACUAUCCCGACAAGAUUAAUCAGGUCGUGUGCGCCUACUCCGUCGACGGCGACAAUUUCCACCGGUUCGAGUUCGUGGCUUGGGAGUCGUACGAGGACAAGAUGAAGGCCAAGGAUGAGGAGAUCCAGAAGCUGAAAGCCCAGGCCGACGACGGGGAGAGUCUCAGCGCGGAUGCUAUUGUGGAAGAGCUGAGGAAUGAUAUAAAGGAGCAGAAUGAGCAGCUGGACGAGGCGUAUAAGGAGAUUGAUGAGAAGGAUGCACAGAUCAAGGCUAAGGAUAAGGAGAUUGCCGCCUUGAAAGCCGCCGCCGCCGCCGCCAAGUAA